AUGCAUUUCCCUCUUGCGACCGUGUUGGCGGCCUUCAGCCUUCUCGCUCCUUCACAAGCGCUGUACCUGUACAUUGACGGCACGUCGCCAAAAUGCUUCUACGAAGAUUUACCCAAGGACACGCUGGUUGUCGGCACAUACAAAGCUGAAGCCUACUCGCCGGCCACCUCAACCUUCCGAACUACAUCCGACCUUGCCAUCCAGGUGACGGUCGACGAGGUCUUUGACAAUGACCACCGCGUCGUGACGCAGACGACCACCUCUUCAGACGCGUUCUCAAAGUUCACAUUCACCGCGGCCGACCCGGGCUUGCACAGGUUGUGCUUCACCCCGUCCGGCCCGGCGGCCAUCAGCGUGGGCGGUUGGUUCUCGGGCUCGGCGGGCUCGACGAUCGGGGGCGUCAAGUUGACACUCGACAUGGCUAUCGGCGCCACGUCAAAGAUCGAAUCCGAGGACAAGUCAAAGAUCGACAGUAUCGUCCACAGAGUCAAGGAGCUCAAUGGCAGACUUACGGAUAUCCGGAGGGAGCAGGUUUUCCAAAGGGAACGAGAAGCGGAAUUCCGUGAUCAAAGUGAAGCUACGAAUUCCAAAAUCGUCCGAUGGACCUUGAUUCAGCUUGGCGUUCUCGGUGUUACAUGUGCAUGGCAGCUGUCGCAUUUGAGAUCAUUCUUCAUCAAGCAAAAGUUGACAUGA